UCGCUGCUUAGUAAUUCAGUUGGUUGGCAUUCCUCAACACAACGUCAAAUGGAGUGGUGAUCUCGCAGUGCGCGCAGGAAUAGGGCACCACACCGCAAUAUGCCUACGGAUACCAAAAAUGUCGAGAGAGCAAAGUAUCAGCAGUCAUCAGGCAUGCCAGGACAGGAGGCCCCUCCUUUUCUCACGCACACGCUGUUUCCUUUGCUUAUCAUGCUGCUCGUACCAAACGUCGUCGUGUGCACCGUCUCCUUCGUAGUUUCUCACAGCUCGUCCACGGCCAAGGUCCUCGAUUUCGGGUUCAUGAAGUUCUGGCUCGGAUCGUGGACAAGCCAGGGCGUUGCAACUCUGGAAACGUGGUCGUUUAUUGUCGCAUUUACUGCUUACAGUAGUCUCUCUCUAGUACUGAUCCCUGGCAGUACUUAUCACGGCCCACCAACGUUGUCGGGGCACAGGCCUGUGUACCGGAAGAGUGGCUUCACCUAUUAUGUCAUCACCAUGAGUAUAGCCGCUUACGUUCUGAUAGUUGCCGACGCUCCUUGCCAGGCCGCGUACAGGUGUAUGCCCGGAUUGGCCGCUGCUCUAGCACUGUUCGCCUUCGCGAUUCCGCUGCUUCUGUACGUGAAGGGGAGAGUGUGUCCCUCGCCAGGAGAGCACGGCACAACGGGAAGUGUAGUAUUCGACUUCUACUGGGGCCUGGAGCUCUAUCCUCGCAUCGGAGAGCGACUGGACAUCAAACAGUGGACGAACUGCCGCUUCGGGAUGAUGAUGUGGCAGCUGCUGGUGUUGGUCGGCUGGAAGGCUCAAAUCGAGGCGACCGGCUGGAACUGGUGUGUGGCAUCCACGGCUCUGCUGCAGACGGUGUACAUCGCGAAGUUUUUCUGGUGGGAAGAUGGUUACAUGCAGACCAUCGACAUCACGGUGGACAGAGCAGGUAGGCAAAGUAUAUUUCUUGCAAUUACAAACUGCGGAUGAUAGCUAUGUGGAUUUGAAUUUGCUUUAAACAGCAGCUGCGCUUCAACCACCGGGACCAUUGUGAAUAUUCCGGGUGUCCUCGCGAACCGGCUUUUGUGGCUUG